UCCGUCUCUCUCUCUCUCUCUCUCUCUCUCUCUCUCUCUCUCCGGUGUACAGAUGAGGGGUCCUCUGGGUCCAGUAAUAGGGAGGUACCCGUCGAGCGACGGGAGCACCCAGAUGGGUGGAAUCAUAAGGCACAACAGGAAAUGCAGGGAUGUUGCGUUUCUGGUGUUCUUUAUUGCAUUCUGGGUGGCUAUGGUUGUUAAUUCCAGCUUCGGUUUCAACCAAGGAAACCCAUUAAGGCUUACAUUUGGUUUGGAUUACAAAGGCAAUGUGUGUGGUGACAAACACGCGAAUCCUGGCCUAAGAGAAUUAGAACUUAGGUACUGGUUGAAUCCUAACCAAGUGUAUCAGAGUGGUUUGAAGGACAGCCAAUUCAACCUGGCUAAUGCUCGAAGUAUAUGCUUACUGGAUUGCCCUACUCCAUCAGACGAUUUGUUGAGCUGGGUCUGUGAUUACCCAGAGGGGGAAAUUCGUCUCUCAAUGGAUGACUGGAUAGAUAGGAAUUACGAUUAUUUCGAGUUCCUCACGCCAGAAAUGAGGAACACCUCUCUCCAGCUUCAAGGACCUUGUUACCCUGUUAUAUUUCCGAGCGUAAAUGUAUAUUGGAGCUGCCAAUUCAUAGCUCGUGCAUCGAAUAUGUCUUUGCGGCAUUGGCAGCAAAUGGGAGGAGUCAAGAUUAACGAGGACAUAGUAAUAGACAAAUCCAUUCACCGGUCCAUCAAUGCUCGAUCAUCUGUCUUAAAGAGAUACAUGGCUGAUAUUGGAAAAUCGUGGCCUGUGCUGAUUGUUUGUGGGGGACUCCUGCCACUCUUUUUGUCAGUUAUUUGGCUUCUUCUUAUCCGCCAUUUUGUGGCUGCUAUGCCAUGGAUAACAGUAGCCCUCUUCAAUGUUCUCAUCAUAUCAGUCACCAUGUUUUACUACUUGAAAGCUGGAUGGAUCGGGAAUGAUGCAAUUUCCCCAAUCAUUGGCGAACAUGACCCAUACACUCAUGUAUAUGGGAGGGAGCUAAAUCAUAUUCGCGCCGUUGCUGUUCUUAUGACCUCUAUAAUGGUUGUUUCCAUCCUUGCCUCACUUGCCAUUGUAAGCCGCAUCCUUAUGGCAACAUCAGUCCUCAAGGUUGCUGCGAAGGUCAUAGGAGAAGUGCAGGCGCUGAUAAUUUUUCCAGUCAUACCAUAUGCUAUCCUUGCAGUUUUUUAUAUGUUCUGGCUUUCAGCUACUCUUCAUCUGUUCAGUUCUGGUCAAGUCAUUCAGAAUAAUUGCAACUCCAACUGCUGUUCUUAUAAUCUUGCAUUGAAAAAAGUGAAUUGUGAUCAAUGCUGUGGUUAUAGCAUUCAUUACACCCCCCACAUUGCAGUUGCUGUCUUUUUCCACCUGUUCGGAUGUUACUGGGCUACUCAAUUUAUCAUAGCAUGCUCAGCAACUGUAAUUGCGGGUUCUGUAGCUUCAUAUUACUGGGGUCGUGGAGAAACAUCGCCUGAAGUUCCAUUGCUUCCAGUGUUUUCCUCUAUGAAGCGUCUGAUCCGCUAUAGCCUUGGGUCCAUCGCUCUGGGUUCCCUUGUUGUAUCAUUUGUGGAAUCAAUCCGCUUUAUACUUGAGUCAGUUCGUCGCAAAUUGAAAGUGGUUACAUCGACACCUGAUGGAUUCUUUGGGAAGGCCACAUUCCAUUCCUCUCAGUUUUUGCUGAGGUGCAUUGAGUGGACACUGAAAUCUGUAAAUCGCAAUGCUUACAUAAUGAUAGCAAUUACGGGCAAAAGCUUUUGUAGGGCAUCAGCAAUAGCAACGGAAUUAAUCUUCAGCAACAUUCUUCGGAUAGGGAGAGUUAAUGUGAUAGGAGAUGUUAUUCUCUCUCUGGGGAAAUUGUGCGUCAGCCUGUCAAGUGCCCUCUUUGCUUUUCUCAUGUUGGAUUCACACAAGUACAGAUCUGCUCACAAUAAGAUUUCUUCUCCACUGUUACCAGUAUUGGUUUGCUGGGGUCUUGGUUAUGUGGUGGCUAGCCUCUUCUUUGCAGUGGUAGAGAUGUCAAUCGACACGAUCAUACUUUCUUUUUGCCAGGAUUCGGAAGAGCAUCAAGGAACAGCCCAAUAUGCUCCUCCGCUUCUCAUCGAAACUCUUAAUGACCAAAAUGAGAUGCAAAGACUUACUCAAGGACCCAACUGAUGGAUCUUGCUUCAGAUGUUCUAUUCCUCCUACUUACCAACGGAAAUUCAAGUGCUUUCCUAU